AUGCAAGCUUUCGCAUUGAGAAGUUCGAUCCAAUCCCUCGGCAUCGCCGCCGUGGCCACUUCGGUAUUGGCGAUGGGUUCUCUUUGCCUGGGAGACGACAUGCUGGACGGGCAGCCCGGACUGCUGAAGCGUGAGUUUGUUUACGAACAAGGUCCCCCGCCGCGAUGCCAUGCCUCGACCUUAGCCGAAUCGGGCGAUGCCCUGGUGGCCGCGUGGUUCGGUGGCACCGACGAAGGACACGACGAUGUGGGUAUUUGGGUUUCCCGCAAAACCGGCGACGGAUGGUCGAAGCCCGUCGAGGUGGCCAACGGGGUGCAACACGCCGACAAGCGUUACCCCACCUGGAACCCGGUACUGCACCAGGCAAGUGAUGGCCCGCUGUUGCUUUUCUACAAAGCCGGACCCAACCCGCGGGAAUGGUGGGGCAUGCUGAUGACCUCCGACGAUCACGGCAAAACCUGGAACGAACCCUGCCGCCUGCCUGAAGACAUCGCUGGGCCGAUCAAGAACAAGCCGGUUGAACUGGCCGACGGCACCCUGCUCUGCCCUUCAAGCACCGAGGACCAAGGUUGGCGGGUGCACUUCGAACUGACGAAAGAUAACGGCCGCACCUGGAAACACGUCGGGCCAAUCAACGAUGGGAAAGAGUUCGGCGCGAUCCAGCCGACCAUCUUGAUUCACGAAGAUGGACGACUGCAGGCGCUGUGCCGCACCCGACAAAAAAAGAUUUCACAAUCGUUCUCCAGCGAUGGCGGACUGAACUGGGACGCGAUGACGGCCAGCAGCUUGCCGAACAACAACUCGGGCCUCGAUGCCGUGACGCUCGACGAUGGUCGGCAUAUGCUCAUCUACAACCACACAACCCGGGGCCGUUCGCCGUUGAACUUGUCGGUCUCCGAGGACGGGGUCGAGUGGAAGGCUGCCUUGGUGUUGGAGAACGAGCCGGGCGAGUACUCUUACCCCGCAAUUAUUCAAACGUCCGACGGCCUGGUACACGCCAUGUACACCUGGAAGCGGGAUUUGAUUCGCCACGCGGUGAUCGACCCCAAGAAGCUCGAACUGCGGGAGAUGAACGCAGGCGAAGCCUGGUACCGCUCGAAUCAGACCCAACCGACGCGGAACCAGCCGUGGUAUCACCUGCUGGUACACGAGACGGAGACCACCACGUACGCAGCCCAGGGCAACCUGGCCCCCGACCCGUGCGACGAACCGAUUGAGCAUCCGUUGGUAGGUAUGUUCUUCGAUGCCUUCGCCGACGGAUCGUACGAACGCAACGAAACCAACGUGAGCAUGAAGAAGCUUUCGAUCGUUGUUGUGCUGGGUUUGGUAUCGGCUGCUCUCACCCCGAACGCGCAAGGCGAGGGUCUUCAAUUCGACAAGCGGAUGUUGCUGCUCAGCCCGAACGAAGGCUGUUGCCUGGCCGAUGUGAAUAACGAUGGACAGCAAGACAUCGUGGCCGGUACGCACUGGUUUGCCGCCCCCGAUUUCAGCCCCCGCCCGUUGCGGAACAUUCGCGAGUUCCAGAACGACUUCCUGGCCAACAACGGUGAUCAUGCGUACGACGUGAACGGCGACGGUUGGGUCGACAUCAUCUCGGGCGAGUGGAUGGGCGAUGAGAUCUACUGGUACGAGAACCCCAAGGCCGAAGCCCUGGCCAAGGGCCUGCAAUGGACGCCGCACCUGCUGAAGAAAACCCGCGGCGAGAACGAGGCCUUCUUUCUGAAGGACCUGGACGGCGACAACGUGCCCGAGUUCAUUGUCGAUAGUUGGGUCGACGAUGCCCCGCUGGUGUGCUGGAAGCUGAUCGCGGGUGAGAACUCAGAACCGACGCUGGAACGGGUGCAGCUCGGCCGCCGCGGUUGUGGGCACGGGAUGGCCUUCGGCGAUGUGAACGGCGACGGGCGGGAAGACAUUCUCGUGAAGGUCGGUUGGUACGAACGGCCCGAGGGUGAUCCGCUGGCCACCGAGUGGAAACUACACCGCGACUGGGAUCUCGCGCACGGGCCGACGCCGUUCCUGGUGGUCGACCUGAACUCCGACGGUCGCAACGACUUGAUCUGGGGCGUGGGGCACGACUAUGGGCUGUACUGGUUCGAGCAACUUCCGCCCGACGGCGGUGUGACCCGCUGGCAGCGACACCUGAUCGACCGCGAGUACGCCCAGACGCAUACGCUGGUGUGGGUCGACCUCGACGGUGACGGCAGCAACGAACUGAUCACUGGCAAGCGCGUCCGUGGCCACGCCGGCAACGACCCGGGGGGUCGCGAGCCGGAGUGCCUGUAUUACUACGAAUGGGAUCCCGAGUCCGAAAAGUUCACCCGCCACACCAUCAGCCCGCCCGGCGGCGGAGUGGGCACCGGCAUGCAAAUCAACACCGCCGACCUCAACGGCGACGGACGCCUCGACAUCGCCGUAGCCGGCAAGUCCGGCACGUGGCUGUUGUUGAACGAAGGCGCGAAGUAG